AUGGAAUUUCUCAAGCAAACAAAACUCAUCCAACCGCCUCCAGGCACUGAUCCGCUGCAGGUACGGCCGGGGAAUACCACAUAUCUCUAUGCCGUGACUGUAUUUGUCUCACUUGGUGCGUUUCUGUUUGGAUACGACCAAGGCGUGAUGGGUGUGAUUGUCGCAGAUCAACGAUGGAUCGAUCUGAUGCACCCAAAGAACUCAUGGGUCACUGGAACGGUAGUUUCGCUCUAUGAUGUCGGAUGUUUUAUUGGGGCAAUGUCUCUUGGAUAUCUGGCAGAUCCUAUCGGCCGUGAGAGAACGCUGUCCGUCGCGUGUUUUGUCUUUGUUAUUGGUGCUGUGCUGCAAGCUGCAUCAUACACGAUUACGCAAAUAACCAUUGGUCGAGUGAUUCUAGGAUACGGAGUCGGAGCAUGUGCAGGAGGCGUUCCACUAUACGUCGCCGAGCUGUCUCCUCCCGCAAUCCGCGGUCGAAUUGUGGCAAUCGAACAAAUGAUUUUAUGUUUCGGAGAACUGGUAGCCUUUUGGCUUAACUAUGGGUUCAAUUUCCUCAAGAUUGACGGCUGGUGGCGUAUCCCGCUGGCAAUUCAGAUCCUCCCAGCAAUCAUUCUUGGGAUAGGAUGCUGGUUCUGGGUGCCCCCAAGUCCUCGUUGGCUUGCUAGUCAAGACCGCCAUGAGUGUGCACGCGAAGUUCUCACUCGACUGCAUGGGUCCGAGGUAGCAGAGCUCGAGAUGCAAGAAAUCCAAUCCUCGAUCGAGUUUGAGCAUACCGUCAGCGAGGCUAGUUGGAAGGACAUGUUCACGACGCCAGUGUUACGAGUGACAGUUCUAGGAAUGGCUGUGCAGUUCUUCCAACAGAUAACUGGAACCAAUUCUAUUCUGUACUACACACCAUCUCUAUUUGAACGUGGUGGCAUCAAGGAUCCUCAAACAGCCAAUCUCGCUACUGGCGGUGUAGGCAUCGUACUCUUUGUCUUCUCCUGGGGUGUCGGAUCUUGGACUUACGCAGCUGAGAUUUUCCCUGUCUCCAUGCGAGCCAAGGGAAAUGCCUUGACCACAGCUUCAUUGUGGACAGCAUGCUAUAUUGUUGCCCAGGCGAGUCCACCUAUUGCCGAUGCUAUCGGCUGGGGGUUGUACAUCAUCUACUCAGGGAUUUGCGUCAUCGCAUUCUUCUUUGUCCGAUAUGCCAUGGUUGAAACACGCGGCCGGACCCUCGAGGAAAUGUCUCGACUCUUUGGAAUUGAAAGCCACUUGGCCGAGCGAGUUGGUAUCAAGACGACUCCAGCGAAAGAUCCUACCGAGGAGCAUAUUGAGGAUAUGGGGCGGCACCACCCGUUCAACGGCCGACGCUCAUCCAACCGUGGAGGAGCAUCGGACGCAGCACCCUUCGUCCGUUAA